AUGGCCGCGACACUGAGCAGUGCCCCACGAGGAGAUGUGGUGGGUCAGAAUCAGUGGCUGAAGGAGGCCAUCGUCAACAUCAAGCGGAAUGCGUAUGGACUGCGGAAGGCCAUGGACGAGGACAACGUUAAGGAUGCCCUUCGCUACUCCGCGGCGAUGCUUGGGGAGCUGCGGACCUCCUCUCUGGGUCCGCAGAAGUACUACGAAAUGUACAUGCAGGUCUCAGACCAGCUGCAUUUCCUGACGGAGUACUUCGCGGAUGAGCACAGGAAGGGGCGAUCCUACGCUGACCUCUAUGAGUUGGUCCAGCAUGCGGGCAACCUCCUGCCCCGGCUGUACCUGCUCUGCACCGUGGGGGCUUGUUACAUCCGAUCCCGGCAAGCCCCCGCCAAGCUGAUCCUGAGGGAUGUGGCAGAGCUGUGUCGGGGUGUGCAGCACCCAACCCGGGGUCUAUUCCUGCGAGCCUACCUAGUACAGGCCUACCGCAGCCUGCUGCCCGCCACCGGCAGUCCCUACGAGAGCCCGGAGGGCGGCAACGUGGAGGACGCGGCCGACUUCCUCCUGCUCAACUUCACGGAGAUGAACAAGCUGUGGGUGCGGCUGCAGCACCAGGGCGGCUCCGCGGACCAGGGCAGGCGCGAGACGGAGCGCCGGGAGCUGGCGGACCUGGUGGGCAAGAACCUGACCUACAUCUCCCAGCUGGAGGGCCUCACCUUUGCGGCCUACCAGAACCGGGUCCUGCCCAGGGUGCUGGAGCAGGUGGUGAGCUGCCGCGACGAGCUGGCGCAGCAGUACCUCAUGCAGGCCCUGAUCCUCGCCUUCCCGGAUGACUUCCACCUGGGCACGCUGGGCACGCUGCUGGACGCCCUGCCGGGCCUGCAGCCCGGGGUCAAGGUCGCCACCGUCCUGUCCAGCCUGCUCGACCGCCUCGCAUCGUAUGCGGGCGCCAACCCGACGGCGGUGGGCCAGAUGACGGAGCAGGACGCGUUUGGCACACUGGCCGGCGUGGCGCUGCGCGUGACUCAGCGCCACCCGGACACGCUGGUCGCUGAUGUGGCGGGCAUGUACGCGGCGCUGCUCGCCUUUGCGGGCACGGUCUACCCCGAACGCCUCGAGCAUGUGGACAUGGUGCUCGGCAACUGCCACGACGCCCUGCGCUCGCGCGGCACCGUGCCGGCGGGAAAGGCGGAGCGGGAGGUGGUGGCCCUCCUUUCCACCCCGCUGAACAAGUACGACGUCGUCACAGUGCUGGGCCUGAAGCAGUACCCCGCCGUGCUGAGCCUGCUGAGGCCAAACAUGCAGCGCGAGGUGGCGCUGAACAUCGCGCAGUCGCUGCUGCGCAGGGGGGCCAGGAUCUCCAGCGCGGAGCACGCCGGGCUGCUGCUCGGCCUCCUAGCCCCGCUCCUGCACGACGUGGAUGGCAUCGAGCUGGACUCCUCGGACAUCGAGGAUGACUCGGCGCUGGUCGCGCGCGUCGUGCACGUUAUGGUCGCCGCCGACAGCGACGAGCAGCACCGCGUCCUGGACGUGCUCCAGGCGGCCCUGUUCCCCGCCGAGGCCUGGGCCAAGCGCGUGCACGCCGCCGUCUCCGCUCUCGCGGCCGUCCCCGCAGCCGACGCGGCGCUGGCGCUCUUCCUUGUCGCCGCGGCGGUGGCCAGCGAGAGCGCACGCCUGGAGCUGGUCACCUACGACCUCUUCGAGCAGGCCUUCCUGCUGUACGAGGAGUCGGUGCCGGACAGCCGGCGCCAGGCGAGCGCGCUGGCCGCCAUCGUGGGCACGCUGCACCGCUGCCGGGUGCUGGACGCCGACGCACGCGGCGCGCUGGUGCACAAGGCCGCGGGCUACUGCUCCAAGUUGCUGCGCCGCGCCGACCAGUGCCUGGCGGUGCUGGCGGUGUCCCACCUGUACUACCAGGAGGAGAGGGCGGAGGAGGGGGCGGAGGAGACCGACGCCUCGCAGAGCGACGCGACGGGUGCCCACCCCGCGCCACCAGGCGCUGGGCAGGACCCCCCGCCCCACCCCGCGGUGCGGGACGGCGCGGCCGUGCUUUCCUGCCUGAAGCGCGCGCUGCGCAUCACGCACGCGCAGCAGCAGCAGCUGCUGCAGACGGGGCGGGGCGAGCUGGAGGGGCCGGGCUUCCUUUUCGUGGAGAUCCUGAACCACUACCUGUACUACUACGAGCGCGGCGUGGCCGCCAUCACCCUCUCCGCCCUGCAGAACAUGGUGGACCUGGUGGCCAGCGAGCUGUCCAGCGAGGCGUGCAAGGAAAGCGAGACGCUGCAGACCUUUUACGCCAACACGCUCGACCACGUGCGCCGCCAGCAGGGCGGCGACGGCGCGGGGCUCUACGCCGGGCUGCGCCUCGGCGCGCACUGA